CGCGCAGCUCGGCCGCCCCGCAGCAGCCAUGGCGGAGCAGACCUACUCCUGGGCAUAUUCCCUUGUGGAUUCCAGCCAAGUGUCUACGUUCCUGAUUUCCAUUCUCCUUAUAGUCUAUGGCAGCUUCAGGUCUCUUAACAUGGACUUUGAGAAUCAAGACAAAGAGAAAGACAGCAGCAGCUCACCUGGAUCUUUCAAUGGCAAUAGCACCAAUAACAGUAUCCAGACCAUUGAUUCCACCCAGGCACUGUUCCUUCCGAUUGGAGCGUCUGUUUCUCUCCUAGUCAUGUUCUUCUUCUUUGAUUCAGUUCAAGUAGUCUUUACGAUAUGCACAGCAGUCCUUGCAACAAUAGCCUUUGCUUUCCUUCUGCUCCCGAUGUGCCAGUAUUUAACACGACCUUGUUCUCCUCAAAACAAGAUUUCCUUUGGCUGUUGUGGACGGUUCACUGCUGCUGAGCUGCUCUCAUUCUCCCUGUCUGUUAUGCUUGUCCUUAUCUGGGUCCUAACUGGCCACUGGCUCCUCAUGGAUGCUCUGGCGAUGGGCCUAUGUGUUGCAAUGAUUGCCUUUGUUCGGCUGCCGAGCCUCAAGGUUUCCUGUUUGCUGCUCUCGGGGUUACUAAUUUAUGAUGUCUUUUGGGUGUUUUUUUCUGCCUACAUCUUUAAUAGCAAUGUUAUGGUGAAAGUGGCUACGCAACCAGCUGAUAAUCCCCUUGAUGUUUUAUCCCGGAAGUUGCAUCUGGGACCAAAUGUAGGUAGAGAUGUUCCCCGCCUGUCACUGCCUGGCAAGCUUGUCUUUCCAAGUUCCACAGGCAGCCACUUCUCUAUGCUGGGGAUUGGAGAUAUUGUGAUGCCAGGUCUUCUGCUCUGCUUUGUCCUGCGUUAUGAUAACUACAAAAAACAAGCCAACAGUGAUUCCUGUGGUACUCCAGGACCUGGGAACAUCUCUGGGCGUAUGCAGAAGGUCUCCUAUUUUCACUGCACACUCAUUGGAUACUUUGUAGGUCUGUUAACAGCAACAGUGGCUUCUCGCAUCCACCGGGCCGCACAGCCUGCCCUGCUCUAUUUGGUACCAUUCACUUUAUUGCCGCUCCUCACCAUGGCUUAUUUAAAGGGUGAUCUACGUCGCAUGUGGUCUGAACCUUUCCACUCCAAGUCCAGCAGCUCCCGUUUCCUGGAAGUAUGAUGGAAUAGGUGGAAAGUGACUGGAACUUCUGCCUUGGUCCUUUUCUCUUAACUUGUGGUUUUGUCUCCUGAAGCUGGACUGGUACUCGGAAAGGUACCAGUUUAUGGAACUUGUGUGAAUGGACUUUGCUUUUUUUUUUCUUUUUAAUACAAAGGUUCUGGAGCUCCGUUUGAUUCCUUUUCUCCCUGCAGAUGUGGAAUUGGGGACACUUUGUGCAACUGCAGCCACCUUCCUCUUCUCCUCCCCCUCUUUUAUGGAUUAGUACCAGACUGUUACUUUUGUGAGAGAGGAGGAGACAAACUUUAAACUGAAAACGGCAUGAAAGUCGUUCAGAAACUUGCGAACACUAAAAGGAAAAACAAUUAAGCAAAUUGAAGUUUCAUCAGAGAGCCCCCAAGUACUUUGGGACCAGUUUCCUGUCGGACUUCAGUUUUGGAGAGAACUGAGACAGAAAAUCUGUCACUAUAUUCUUUUUUUGAUUUAUUAAAUAUUUCCUGUGGUGUGAGGUGACUUAUUAAAUCCACAGACAUUGAGUGACUUAUUGCAGUAUACAUAUAAGAAUUUGUUGUAGCGAGUUACAUUU